AGCCGCUGUCGGCCAUUAUUGCUACAGUUGUCGUGCCGUACACAUUGUGCGCAAUUGUCGACAUCACUACUACUCAUUUUUUUCUAGCAACGCUUUUUUUACUACAAACGCGUCGGCACGCACAUUUAAUACAUUUUCACGUCAAUAUACACUCGAAACAUCAGAAUGACUGAAGACUACUUUUGGGGAGUUACCUUGGAUAAGACAAAGGGUACUGAAGUGUGGGAUCCUGAUGUAAAACCAGAUGCCAAUGAUAGUUCUCACGUUUUCCGAGGAGAACAUACUUUGCUUGUCAAACAGGCUGUUCUGGGACCAGAAGUACCGGACGGUGAAGUUAAUGUAAUCGAAGUUGAAGCAAUGGGUUACAAAUCAGAUAUUAAGUUCCCUGUUGUUGUAUUGAAAGGAGGUACCGGCCAUAGUCAAUGUGUACUUGACCUUUUGUUCCCAGACCCUCCAGUCACAUUUAAACUUGUAAAAGGCAAUGGUCCUAUCCAUCUAUUGGGAAAUCACUCAGUUGGUAUAGCUGGUGAAGGAAUGGCUGAUGAAGAGGAUGAUGAUGAAAUCGAUGAGGAAUUCGAAGAAGAGGAAGAAGAAGUUAUUGAAGAAGAAAAAAAUAGUGUAGACGAAAAGAAACGUAAAAUAGCAGCUAAUUCAAAUUCAAAGGGCGGUAAAGCAGCUAAGAGGCCUAAAAUUGAAAAUGAAAGUAAUUAAACACAAACAUCUGGCUUUAAUGUUCCUGGAUGUGCAAAUUCCAAAUGAAACAAGAGACACUGUCCUCUGGUGUUAAUUUAUUUAACAAAUAAGAUUUUUUAAUUUCAAAUUGUUUUUUUUUUUUUUUUAGUCUGACCUUCUAUAUGUAAUAGUUAGACGUUUUAACUUAUGAUAAGAAUCCUGUUAUCUACAUAUAGAAACAUCCAGAAUAUUGAAAUUACUAAAAUUAUAUAUUCAUAAUAUCUGAUGUAAUUUUUUUUUAUUAUUAUUUAAGCCCUCCACUUAUACAAUAUAAAUACAAUGUCUUGUUUUAAAUUCAAAUUUUUUACCACA